AUGGCCAGAGCAGCGAAGAACUCCCAUGCGCUAGCGUACUACUCGCUGGCAAUCAUACAAUUCAACGGAAUCAGUGGCUUCAAAACCGACGAAAAUCCCCGAACCGGGGUAGAUUUAUGCGUGCAAGCCGCUUCGCUUGGCCACAAGGACGCAAUCCUUGAGCUCGACCUUCGCCUGAAUGAUGCUAACGGCCUGCGCCAAUACAUAAUGGCAGCCCUCUGUCAAGUCAUCCGAGCGCUAGAACUCGCGCCAAAAUCUUCGGUCAAACGACAAGCUCACCACCGGCACGCGGGCAGUAAUGAGCCGGCAGCGGAGAGGCACCCGGUGAACGCGUUUCUGAAAGAAUGGUUCGAGUUGAGGACGGGUGAGGGUCUAAGGCCUUGCGCUUGUAAAGGGUGCGGGCGGCCUGAGACUAAGGUGCAUGAGUUUGGGAGGUGCAGAGGUUAUCGGGCGGAGAGUUAUUGCUCUCGUACUUGCCACUGGCUUGAUUGGAACUUGAGGCAUAAGGUGGAAAUUGUAUCAAUUGCGAGGUUGUUGGCAGAAGACGGUAGACGGUGGUGGUGA